CCAGCGUAUCUACUCAUUUCUCUCCUUCGUGAGCACAACCCUCCGAUCUAAUAUUAAUGAAUUUGGGUGGCUUACACAUCAUCCUGGAUUAGCAUUCCCAUCCCCACGAUGGCGGAGGACCCCGACCCUGCGGCACGGGAGCAGGAGCAGCGGGAGGCGGAGAUCGUUUCACGACAUCUUCAUCCACAGUUCACCGCGGCUUUUGAAGCUCAAGAUCAGGAAGCCGCCGAAGCAGAAGAAGCUGAAGAAGCAGAUAACACUGCAGCCGCAGUUGUUGCGGAAGCUGGACAGCAGUCCUCUCUAAAACUGCAGGGCGGCGACAUACAUCGUGAUCUGUAUCGGAUCGAGGCACGAUCGAAACGGGCGCGACUCGACCAACGCGCCAAAAGCUUUUCCCAUCCCGUGGGACCAAAUAGUACCGAUGAUGACGAAGGGAUUCCGAAUCCUAACCCAAACGAACCUGGCAGUUUCCGUCGUGAAUUCAUUGAGCGUAGAGGGCGGCGUUCCGAUGAUGGUGCAUUUCCGGUGACCAAGAGCUUCGUGGACUUUUUGGAUCUCUAUGGCAGCUUCGCAGGCGAAGAUCUGGCUGAGUCGGACGAAGAGACCACUACCACGACCGAAGAAGAGCCUGAGACAAGGCCCCUGUUGCACCACCGCCGCAGACCCUCUCGGGUUCCCCGUGAAGGGGAUGCGUCGAACCUCAAGUCCUUCUUUACGCUACUGAAGGCGUUUAUAGGCACCGGUAUCAUGUUCUUGCCCAAAGCUUUCCGAAACGGGGGAAUUCUUUUCUCCUCGAUUGCCCUCGUUACUGUUUCAGCAGUGACCGCUGUAUGUUUCCACCUACUGCUCCAGUGUCGGAGGCAACACGGUGGUGGGUACGGUGAAAUCGGAGAGCGCAUCUCAGGGCCCCGUCUACGGUCUCUUAUUCUAGGUUCGAUUACAAUAUCGCAGCUAGGUUUCGUAUGCGCUGGCAUUAUCUUCACGGCCGAGAACUUGCAUUCUUUCUUCAAAGCAAUCACGACCAGCAUGCCAUAUGCUCUGUCGAUCAACGGCCUCAUCAUUCUACAGCUCAUAAUCUUGAUACCUCUUGCGUUUGUCCGGAACAUAUCUAAACUCGGACCGGCCGCGUUGCUCGCAGACGUUUUUAUACUUCUUGGCCUGGCGUAUAUCUACUAUUACGACAUUAGCAGCAUUGUGCAGGAUGGGUUGGAGCCCACGGUGGAACUCUUCAACCCGCAAAGCUUUACUCUGACGAUUGGGUCCUGCAUAUUCACAUUCGAGGGUAUCGGCCUUAUCCUUCCAAUCCAGUCGUCAAUGAAGCGACCUCAGCACUUCGACCAUCUCCUCUACGUGGUCAUGGCCAUCAUCACAGUCAUCUUUACGGCAGUUGGUGCCCUUUCAUAUGGCACCUUCGGCUCGAAAACAAAGACUGAAAUCAUCACCAACUUCCCUCAGACAGACAAGCUUGUCAAUGCGGUGCAAUUCCUCUAUUCGCUCGCCAUCCUCGUUGGCACACCAGUCCAGCUCUUCCCUGCUCUCCGUAUCAUGGAGGGCAAGUUGUUCGGCCACCGGUCAGGAAAGAGAGAUCCAUUGACGAAGUGGAAGAAGAAUCUCUUCAGAAUCUGCAUUGUCGUCUUUUGUGGAGUCAUUGCUGCAGUAGGAGCUGGAGAUUUGGACAAGUUCGUCUCUUUGAUCGGUUCUUUCGCUUGCGUUCCGCUAGUCUAUAUUUACCCAGCAUACUUGCAUUGGAAAGGCGUUGCGCGUUCCUCUUGGGUGAAAUGUGGAGAUAUCCUCAUGAUUACUCUUGGCGUUGUUUGCAUGAUCUACACGACGAUUGUUACUGUGUCUGUAUGGGUUGAGAUAUAACUAGCAUGCACAUAAACGAAGCUAUUCUCUUAUUCUUCUUGGGAAUUCUACAGGGAACUUUUUUUGCGUGUCUUGAUUGCUUACUUAUAAUCUUAUGAUCAUUUGUACUGGAUACAACGAGACAUUUUCUACCGAC